CUUGAAACGUGGCGUCGCAUGGUGGAUCUAAUUCAGCAAGCUCUCCCUUCCUUCCAAGUCGACGAUGCAGCAGGGCGGCUACGGAGGCUACGACCAACAGCAAGGCGGCUACGGCCAGCAACAGCAGUACGGCCAGCAGCAAUACGACCAGCAGCAAUAUGCGCAGCAGGGCGGCUACGAUCAACAGCAGCAGUAUGGCCAGCAGCAGCAGCAGCAGCAGGGAGCCUAUGACCAACAAUACGGUCAACAGGGCGGCUACGACCAGUAUGGCCAGCAGCAGCAGGGAGGAUACGACCAGUACGGCCAACAGGGCGGUUACCAGCCCGGCAUGCAGCCCCAGGAGUGGGACUUUCACGCCAUGGAGGCCAAGGACGGCGUGCGCUUCUCGUGGAACUCGUGGCCUUGCACCAAGCUGGAGCAGACGCGAUGCGUCAUGCCCACAGGCUGUCUGUACCAACCACUGAAGCCCAUCGACGGCAUGCCGCCCGCCGUCGAGUACGACCCUAUCCACUGCAAGGCUUGUGCCGCCGUGCUCAACCCCUUUUGCCAAGUGGACUUCGUCUCGAAGCUUUGGGUGUGUCCGUUCUGCGUGACGCGCAACCACUUCCCGCCUCACUACGCCGAGAAUAUCACUCAGGAAAACCUUCCAGCUGAGCUCAUUCCGCAGUACACGACGCUCGAGUACGAGCUGCAGAACCGCCAAGCAGGACCCCCUGUCUUUGUUUUCUGUAUCGACACGUGCGUCCCCGAGGAGGAACUCGAGGAGCUCAAGGAUUCGAUCCAGCAGACGCUCAACCAACUCCCGCCUGAUGCGCUCAUCGGUCUCGUAACCUUCGGUACCAUGGUGCACGUGCACGAGCUGGGAUUUCCGGAGGUGCCCAAGUCGCACGUUUUCCGCGGCAACAAGGACUUCACAGCACAGCAAGUGUACGACAUGCUGGGUCUGGCUGCGACGCGCAAGCAACAGCAGCAGCAAAUGCCCGGCCAACCCCAGCAGCCUCAGCAGCAGACCAGCAACUCGGCUCGUUUCCUGCUCCCGGUAUUCGAGUGCGGCUUCACGCUCGAGUCCAUCCUGGAAGACCUCCAGCGUGACCCGUGGCCUGUGGCGGCCGACCAGCGUCCACAGCGAUGCACGGGUGUGGCCAUGUCGGUGUGUGUGGGCCUCUUGGAGGCAACGUUCCGUGGCCAGGGUGCUCGCAUUAUGAUGUUCGUCGGUGGCCCGCCCACGGUCGGCCCGGGCGCUAUCGUCAGCCGUGACCGUAAGGAGGAUAUUCGUUCGCACACGGAUCUGCAGAAGGACAAGGCACCUCUUACCAAGAAGGCCCUGGUACACUACAACGACCUGGCGGCCCGCUGUGUGGCUUCGAGCCACGUGGUGGAUAUUUUUGCGUGUUCUCUCGAUCAGAGUGGUGUGAUGGAGAUGGCUGCUUGUGUGCAGAAGACGGGUGGUGUAAUCGUGCUCGCCGAUUCCUUUGGUCAGUCUGUCUUCCGUGAGUCGUUCCGCCGCAUGUUCAGCAAGUUCUCGGACGAAGCAGCAGAUUGUGACAAGGAUCAGCUCACGAUGGCCUUUGCUGCCUCGGUGGAGGUUCUCACGAGCCGCGAGUUCAAGGUGGCAGGUGCGAUUGGUCCUUGCGCUCCGCUAAAGCGCCAAGGUGCAGCCCCCAAGAACGUGUCCGAGGUGGAGAUUGGUGUCGGUGGCACGAACGCUUGGUCGAUGGGUGGUAUCGACCCCAACACCACCGUCGCUAUUUACUUUGACAUUUCCAACCAGACUCCGCUGGCACCCGGCAAGGCGCGCUACAUCCAGCUGAUCACGCGCUAUCAACAUGCUAGCGGACGGUACCGCACUCGUGUGACCACGAUCUGCGGUCCUUGGACUGUGGAUCCGAACGACACCGCAACGCUCGGCCGUGGCUUUGAUCAAGAGGCCGCCGCUGUGCUGCUGGCACGUAUUGCUGUGCACCGCUCGGAUCAGGGCGAGGAGCAGCUUGACAUCAUGCGCUGGAUCGAUCGUUCGCUCAUCCGUCUGGCAGCUCGCUUUGCCGACUACCGCAAGGACGAUCCUUCCUCAUUCCGCCUGUCACCUGAGUUCGCUAUUUUCCCCCAGUUCAUGUUCCACCUGCGUCGCUCCCAGUUCUUGACCGUGUUCGGUUACUCGCCCGAUGAGAGUGCGUACUACCGCCACUGCCUGCUGCGCGAGAGCACGACGAACUCGCUUGUGAUGAUUCAGCCGUCGCUGCUUUCGUAUUCGUUCAAUGGUCCGCCCGUGCCGGCACUUCUGGACGCUGCCAGCGUGCGGUCCGACACGAUCCUGCUGCUGGAUUCGUUCUUCUACGUUGUUGUAUUCCACGGUGAUACCAUCGCUGCAUGGCGUGAUCAGAAGUUCCAUGAAGACCCCGCGCACGAGAACUUUAAGAACUUGCUGGAGGCUCCGCAGGCUGACGCGCAGCUUAUCAUGGACUCCCGCUUCCCCGUCCCGCGUUACGUGGUGUGCGACCAGCACAAGUCACAGUCGCGUUUCCUCAUGGCAAAACUCAACCCGAGCGUCACACACAACAGCAUGGAUGGCCAGGGCGAGGUCAUCUUCACGGACGACGUGAGUUUGAAGGUGUUCAUGGAACACUUGAUGAAUCUGGCUGUUAAAUCGUAGACCAGUAGACCAGGAUCAUGAUUCCCGACGGAAGGGUAGGUGGUGAACAGGUACAUACAUCACGUAAAUGAUUGAUUGAAGCAUUUUUGUCGGGCA